AUGCAAUAGCUUUCCACAGAAUGACAAGUCCCAAGUGGCAUAGGUACUUUGACGACAAUGACGUUAAUGAUUGGAGUAUCCUCGGAUUUCAUGAAGCAUGGAUACAUGAAAAUAAAGAUGAAAUAAGAAGGUUAAGCUAUCAAAAAGCAAACGAUGUUCUUACAAAAAGUCUACGUUCUCUUAUCAACGAUUGUAAAGACGAAAUGAAGAUGCAGGAAGCCGCGAGACUUUUAGCAAAUAAGGCAAGUACAUCAUGCACAUCUUAUGAUAGAGUCAAUGAUAGAAAUCAACUGUUUGCUGGUUCUCCGAUGUCCUGUUUGGAUGUAUGGGUAACAGUUGUUCAUGCUAGGAAGAAUCAACUGUUUGCUGUUGUCCAUGCUAGGAGGUAUCAACUGUUUGCUAGCAAACGUACUCAUGGAAGCGAACUUGACGAAUUAUGGGCUUCUAUAGAAAAUCAGAGAUCGGCACAAGAGAAAUUAAAUUAUGAACAAUUUGACAAUGUCUCAAAAUACUCAUACGCUUUGACUAAUGCUGCAGUAACAAACUUAAGCAAUAUUGUACAACCCAUGCUACCAAGUAAGCGGUCUUUUGAGAGUCUUGAAUCAGAAACAACGAAUUUGACACAGAGCACAGAGCAAAUAUCAAGUGGAACUUUUAACUCGCAGCCAGAGAGAAUGAGGACACCACCGCCUAGAUUUCCAAAUGUAAAUGCACCUCUUCAUACUCCGAAUAAGCGUCAGAUGUAUGAUGAGGGUGUUAUUCGAUAUCUCGAUGCGAUGGGACAAUCUUUAAAAUACAGCCGGAUUCACGUUCAGGAACCAUCUAUGUGGGCUAAGGUAGAGAGCUAUCUCGAGAAUGCUUUGAAGAAAUCAGGAAAUGAUUUUAAGAAAGCUAUUAUGCUAGAGAUUGAAAAUAAUGAUGCAAGCAGUUUCCGCUUAUAUUGUGAAAAAAUAUUGAUCGAUUUAAAAAUUGGAGAAAGAAAAUAUAUCGUUCAGAAUCUUUCUUCACUUUUUAAAUUUUACGAAACAACUUUUGGAAAUAUCAUCUUUGAUUGGAUCGAAUCACACUCCCUGUCUGCAAAAUUGACAAAAUCACCUACCAGUUCAGGAAUUGUUAAAUUUGACGCCAAAGGAAUACGUUUAUUUGAUGAUAAGGAAAUAUGGCACAUGGAAGUUGCUGGUUCACCAUCAUCACCAAUAAUAGAUCACGUAAUCGGUGAUACAAAGAAAUCAUUGCAUAGUGAUAUUUUAAAUCUGGUUGCACUUUUGCUUGAGCACCUGGACGUUCCUGUAAAAGUUGCGACAAAUAUAAAGGUGUUCAGUUUGCAAGCUAUCGGUAGAUCAAAAUACAAGGCAGUUCUUUAUCUUAUGGCUGUUUUUCAUGAUGAAUUUAUAAACCAACUUUCAAUUAUGCAAGAACUUGAUUUAAACAUUAAUCAUAGUGAAGGAUUUACGGUUCGAGAUGUCUUAAAAAUUCCUAAAUCUUUACAGGAUCUUUUAAAAGAAAA